GCCGUUGAUGCUGAUGAAAACAAACAGCAACCCCUGGAGAUCUGAGCCACAUAAAAUAGUUAACCAUUUCAUUUUAGUUUUUACAUCACUCACUUUCACUUACUUACUUCAGCUUCUGCAUCCCCACAACAAUGGCAGACUACGAUUCAAAUCAUCAGCAUCCACAACAAAUUCCAAGAGAAACAGUUCUCCAAGCCCUAAACACAAUCAUCCAACUCCACUUCGAGAAAACCCUCGAGAAAAAAAGAGCCAUCGACCUCCAAAAAAAGGACCUCCACAAGCUAUUCCUCCUCUUCUUCAUCUUCCUCGCGCUCGUCUUCAUGGCGGAAACGCAGCCCAAUCGCCUCCAAUGCCGCCAUUGCUGGGCCCCCAUUGUUCUCCUAUCUCUAGCCCACCUCAUCUUCUACGUAUCCGUGGCUCAGACGCUCCGGUGCAUCAAUGGUUUUAAGUAUCAGAGACGGUGUCAUAAGCUUACGCUCGGUUUAGCUACGGAGAAGCUGAGGGAGUUGAAGAUGAGGCUGGUGAGCGGCGAGUAUGGCGGUGGUGAGGAUGAGGGGGAGCUGGAGAUUCAUUAUCAAGAACCGCCAGAGAGUUAUUUUGGUAAGUUUAAGAGGAACUGGGCUUUGCAUUUUGGUUUCUUGAUCUUUAUUUAUGGCUUCAUGGUUUCUUCUUCUGUUGUUAUUCUUUGCUAUUAGGUUAAUUUGUUUAGGUUCUGUUUUAAUUUUUUUAAAUUGGGUUCUUGGUUUUUUUUAGCAUUAGGAUUGUGAUCUAUUUUGUAUAAAUAAAUCCUAAUAUAAAAUAGAUCAUAGACAUCAAUUAUGCUACUCCACUACUUAGCUCGGUGAUCGACAAUUAUCAUACGGACUUUUACGGGUUGUAAUGUGGCCAAGGGUCGGGAUAGGUUUAAGUUGAUAAAGAAAUCUUGAUUUAGGUUUAUUUCCAGUCUUGAAUAUUUUGUGUACCAAUUUGGGAGAAAUGGGAAAUGAUUGAAAUAAGAAAGGAAAAUGGUAAAUUAUAAAUA